AUGAAGGGGUUCCUCUCCGCUCUGCAUAUUGCAGUGCUUACUUUCAUCUGCACCGUCACCGCUCUGGAUGGAAGCGCCUGCUUUGUAAUAUGCUACCUUCCGGCUGUCGAGCAGCAGUGCCCCGGUGCAAGCUCCGAGUGUGUUUGCACGAAUGAGGAGUUUAUAUUGCUUCUCAAUAUGUGCAUCCAGCGGACGUGCCAAGAGUCGCUAUUUGAGGCUGAGGAUAUACAUGCCAAUAUGUUUGCUAGAACUAACGAAGAGGUUUCCCUCCUUACCAGGUCAAAUGUACCGGAAACCCUGGAAACGGACCAUGCAGCAACUGUUCUAGACUGGAGCUCACCUGCAGCUUCGCUGCAUCUGCUGGCGCUUCCGAAGAAGAAAGAGUCUCUAGAACAACACCUUCGCACAGCCAUACUGAAGCAGUGCUCUGGAGACCUGCCCAAAUGUAAAAGAUGCGAGGCUGCGAACCUAGUCUGCGAAUAUACUCCUACCAGGAGGCGGUUCACCAAUGUUCGUUUCAACAGUCCAAAGGCCGAGGACCAAGCUCCUUCUACUUUACAACCCCUCAAGUUGGAAGAAAACGCAGCCAUCAGCCCCACGAGCAGCACUAGCACUGGUAUUCCAUCCUACAUCCUCGAAACAUCGAAUCUUCAGGCCGAAGACAUGCUACUCAGAAAAGACAUCAUUCUUACCCACUUGGAUGCUUAUUUCGAUUUUUUAUACAUGAUGCCAAGUUUGGGGUUUUUACACCCCGAAGUCACAUAUCGAGAUGUUCAGGAAAACAGAUUCCCUCCUGCUCAAGCAGCGGCCGUGUGCUCCGUUACCAGUUUCUUCGUAAACCCUGGCCCAGCCGGACGGGAGUUUGCAAGAAAAUGUAGCCAGCAAGUCGAAAUACAUAUUUACCGCAACAUCUACAAGUUUUCUGAGAGCGCCCUCUUCUUAUUCGCCCUAAACAUUCUUUUCAACAUUCUCGAUGGCUCGCAUGCAAAAGUCUGGCAAUGCUUUGGAGUAGCUUCGAGACUUAUGAUAGGCUUGCAGCUAAACUGGGACGUCACAUCACACCACUCUACCUUUAUUCAACAAGAAUGCCUUCGGCGCAUUGCCUGGCAGCUUUUUAGCCUCGACCGCCUACUAGCAGGUGGCUAUGAAGAAUACAUAUCUUGCCGAGCAGAGAAUAUGAAAAUAAGACUGCCUUGCAAUGAGGCUGCUUUUAGGGAGAAUCGACCAGUUGUUGCAGAGAGGCUUCAUGACAGGCCUUCCCGCUGCUCACCGGCUCUAGGCCUACACGGUAUCCAAAUCCUUCUUGUUGAUCUUCGGCACCGCAUACAAGUAGCUACAAAAAAGCUAGCAAUGCCUUCUGGAUCAACCAUGGCAGCCCUGGAGCCAUCAAAGGUUAUGGAGGACAUUGCUGCGUUACAGAGCGAGCUGACUAGGUUCCAUGUUUCCAUACAUGACGAGCUACGACUGACCGAUCAGAGUAUGUCUCGGUAUGCUGCCUCGGACCAGUGGAGAGGAUACUGUUUCUUCCAUACACACAUGGCCGUGAGCCAUAUCGAUCUCUAUCGAUUCUCAUUACCGGGUCCCCGAAGUCAAGCCUCGAUAGAGAUUCUUCGAAAGCUUCCUCCCGAUUUUAUUGGUCGAUGCCAAAAGCAGGCCGUCGCCCACGCCAUGAGUUUAGCCCGAUUUUUGGAUGCCAUUAAAAUCGAGACGGAUAGGAUGCCAAACCCUGGUACUCCUAAACUGGUAGGCGAUUACUCGGUUGCACACAUGUCCACUCAAUGCAUUCGAGUAUUGCUCAUCGCUCUGCAAUACAACUUGUACGAAAAUUUGUGUGACACCACGGCGCCAGUGUGGAGAGGAGCCGAGACAAACGAGGCGCAGAUCAAAUCGUUGAUCGAUACCAUUAUGGAGAUAACCGAGGCCUGGGCCGAAAUAUUCGACAUGGCUAAGCAAGCUCACGACUGCAAUAAGGCAAUGGUGGAAGAGUUUUACAAGAACGGGAGGAUACUCGAUCGAGGUAACGCUGCCAUGAAUACCGGACAAGAGCCAGCCGAGGACAAAUUUCUAUUUGGAUCGGAUGUGUUUAUUGAGCGAAUGAGCAUCCCUGACAUGAAAGAUGAACAGAGGAGCCGAGCCGCGAACAUGCCCGUGUCCGACUGGUGGAUGGGACCAUCAACGACCCAGCAAGCAUCGUCCAAGAGUUCGUCACCGCUAGUGAUGUCGUAUCCUACCCCAGAAUCUGGCUAUGAUGGCGACCAUGGACCGCCCGGCGUCCCCCUGUUCCUCGCUCAAGCGCGCAACGUAUCCAUGGGCGUCAACGACAUCUAUGAUGCAGAGACGGCAGUCGGCAUGCAGUCAGCCGAUAUGCUGGCCAUGGUGUCCAACAACUACCAGAUGAUGCAGACCGAUGUCCUAAACGGACACAGCGGCAUGCCCAUGCUGCGUAUAGAUGAUGCUAUUCCGAACCAGGCGAUGUAUCGACAGCAGGACGUUCCACCAGCGCAACCGCAACAUUUCAUCCCGUCUCAGCAAGGCAUGAUGAUGAAUGGAUACAUGCCACCGCCGUACCCUGGCAGCCAUACUAGUACACCUCCGUAUCCGCAGCAAAACCACUUUGGUUAAAGAAG